GCCUACUAACUGAUUAGAAAAUGAAUAUGGAGUCUUUGGCAGCUUUUCCUGAUGGAGAAUGGGACUUUAGCAGAAUGUUCUCAACAGAAGAUCAGCUUGAUUUCACUUCAGAAUUGCACUUUACUAACCCAUCAGGAUUUCCCUUAUCAAAUCCUGAAGCUAAUGAGAGUCUGUUUUAUUCUUGGAAUACUCUCAAUCCUUAUUUGCAUUUUAUUUCUCAGGAAAAUAGUAGCAGCAGUAACUCUAGCAGUACUAGUAUUUUGCCUUCUCCCAACCAUCAAAAUCACUUGUUUAACAAUUUUCCAGCAACAAACGAUAUCUCUACGUCCAUGGAUUUUUGUAUCAUGGAUGAGAGGAAUCCAGGCUCAUUUCUCGCUAUGUAUCCUGAAGUUGCAAUGGCAGAAAUGGGAAAUUUAGAUGAGAAUCAGCCACCAGGAGCUGAUGCUGUUUCUGCAAAGGAAUCGCAGCUGAAAAGAAAAUUUGAUGUCUCAGAAUUAGAAGUUAAUCCAUCAGAUAGCGCAAAGAAAAAAACCCGGGUUACGAAAGAUGUUCAGAAGAGUAACAGAAAUGUAAAAUCGAACAAAAACCGAAAAUUGAUCACUCCGAAUUGCAAUCCUGAAGAAGAGAUUAAUGCUGGACCAGAUGUACAGGCCUCUAGCAGUUGCAGUUCAGACGGAGAGAAUGCCUCUCAGGAUUCUAAUGAUUGCAAAACUCUCAAUUCCAAUGGCAAAACAAGAGCAAGUCGUGGAUCUGCUACCGAUCCCCAGAGCCUUUAUGCACGGAAAAGAAGGGAGAGGAUAAAUGAGCGAUUGAGAAUUUUACAGACUCUUGUUCCUAAUGGAACAAAAGUUGAUAUUAGUACAAUGCUAGAGGAGGCAGUACAUUACGUAAAGUUUUUGCAGCUCCAGAUCAAGCUUUUGAGCUCAGAUGACCUGUGGAUGUAUGCUCCGAUUGCUUACAAUGGCAUGGACAUUGGCCUUAACCAGAAGAUCUCCAUGCUGCUAUAA